GAGCUAAAAUGGAAUAAAUGUCAGCCUAGAGGGAAAAGUACCAUCCAGUGGGAAAAGAGACAGCCAAAAAGGACAGCACAGGGGCAAGUUUCAGACCUGAGAAAGCAGAGAGCAAACAGCAGCACCCUGAGCUUACAGCCAGUGGGCAGAGCCAGCCAGUCACCUCCCUGCAGCCGCAGGUCUGUGCAGAGAGCUGCCAGAGAUGCAGCGUCAGAGGCAGCUCCCACUGAUGCCAGCAGAGACCGGCAGGAUUUGGGCUGCGGCUCCACUGAGUUGGGACCAGGUGUGACUCAGGGCAAAGGUGCAAGAUCCAGAAAGGACGUUUGAGGAAGCUUUGAGUGCAUUGUCUGCUGGACUGGAAAGACAAUGGAGAGCACGGGAGGGCCAUAUCUGAACACAGCUGCCGUGACUUCCCCUGUAGGAAUAGCUCGAUUGCUGCAGAUGACCUUCGGAUGUACCACGUUCAGCCUGGUUGCCCACCAAGGGGGGUUCAGUGCUGCGUACGGCACCUUCUGCAUGUUUGUCUGGACCUUCUGCUUUGCCGUCACCGUGUUCAUCAUGGCCUGUGAGUUCACACACCUGCACAGCUGCCUGAGCCUCUCCUGGGGAAACUUCACUGCUGCUUUUGCCAUGCUUGCCACGCUCAUGUCCAUCACGGCUGCAGUGAUCUACCCGCUCUACUUUGUCCAGGUGGGCUGUUACCCCAUCGGCUGUGAGGUGAGAGAUUUCCGCAUCGCAGCCAGCGUCUUCGCGGGCCUUCUGUUUGUCACGUACGCCGCUGAAGUGUUCUUAACCAGGGCAAAAUCGGGACAAGUCACCAGCUACAUGGCUACUAUCUCUGGGCUCUUAAAAAUUGUUCAGGCCUUUGUGGCCUGCAUCAUCUUUGGGGCACUGGUGAACGACAGCCAAUAUGGUAAAUACGUGGCGACGCAGUGGUGUGUGGCUGUCUACAGCUUUUGCUUUGUGGUGACAGUGGUGGUAGUGGCCUUCAGUGUCACAGGUAAGACUGCCUUGCUAUGGUUCCCUUUUGAGCGCUCUGUAGUCAUCUACACCUUUGGGGCCGUGCUGCUCUACGCAAGUGCUGCGGUCAUCUGGCCAGUGUUCUGCUUUGACAGCAAGUACGGCUCCCCGCGACGCCCUGGCCUCUGUGCCAAGGGCAAGUGCCCCUGGGACAGCCAGCUGGUGAUUGCCAUCUUCACCUAUGUCAACCUGCUGCUCUAUGUCUUGGACCUGGCGUACUCCCAGCGCAUCCGCUUCGUCUCACACCUCUGACUUGUGGGUCGGCCUCUGUGGGGACAUCUCAGUGCUGUGAACCACUGCAGAUGCUGGGGGACGGGACAAGGAGCAGAGGGGUGCUGGGCAGGCACGCACACAACACCAUCACCCAAACUUCAAGGUGAGAACUGACUACAAUAAGGAAUUAAUGACCUGGAGCAGGUGGGCUGCAGCUGAUGCGAAGCGCAGCCCAACUCCCCCAUGGUUCUGCCUCACCUGCCUGGUGCCAGUGCAAAGGAAUGACACAGCUCCAGUGCAUCUGCAGACAGCAGGAAUGCUUGUAGCCACAGCAGCGGGGCUGCAGGCUGCCACGUUACAGAGCCAAAUAUUAGGAAAGACACCAAGGAUUUUGAAGCUGUUAACCCGUGCUUAACAGUAACCAAGUGACUACUCAGGAAGUGGAAAAGUUAAAAGCUGCGUGAAGGAACACGAGUUCAGGACAUGAAAAUCAAUCCCUUGGAGUUUGGGUUAGUUUGGACUAUACUGUGAGACGUGGAAUGCCUACAAGUGUGGGCAGUUCCAGUCUGGGUGUUUCUGAGAAGAACAUCAUAGCCAUAACAGUAUUUUGAAGGUUGCCAGUCUUUUCCCUUCUUCUCCUUCGCUGACUAGCGCAGAAUAGGAAUAUUCUCAAGGUCACACCUUGGAGGAGGCCUCUUUCAUUUAAUAUUCCUAUUUAGCAAACACUGAGUCAUUACAAAAAUGAAGCUUUGUGAAGUUGGGGCUCUACUGCUGAGAAUCAGGUUGCAGAGCAGAGCCAACCUGCAAAGUGACUGUGUGUGACCUGCCAUCCUCACUGGAGCAGCACAGAAAACACCUUGGCACGUGCGCUGUCUUGAUUCAUGGGCCACCAUUUCUUUACACUGUGGUCGAGGUUUUUUUCUCUGGAGGCUUGAAGAUAAAUUCUGGGAGCAUGGGAGAGGGGAGGCAGAGACUAAUUGAUCUCACAGUGCUGCACAAGAGACCAAACCAGGCGGGGAGGGGGCACGGACAGGACAGGACAUGACAGAACUUGCACACGGCAGCACAGGCGCAAGAUUCCUGAGCACGCUGCAUCACUGAGUAGCUGAAUUUCUCACACCCAUUCCUGACAAAACACCCGCUUUAAAGUUCCACACUUUCUCAGCUCAGAUUUCAGGCCCCAUAGGAAUCUUCAUUUGUUCCAGGGAGAAGCCAGAGUGUCCAAGUGCUUGUGCAGCACAUGCAGACUUGAGUGCUUUGAUUACAAUCUCCAGUAGCUGCCUGUCAGAAGCAAGAUUUAUUUUUUACCAAAACAAAAUAAAGCUGAAUGGCAGAUGUAUGCUUACAUCUCCUGAGAUCCGUGUGCUAUCGCCCUCUUCUCCACACAUUCAUUGCAGCAAACACCGCCGUUUCUGCAUGACAGCAGAGCUCAAUUUAUUUUGAUGUACAAAGCCUGAACACAGGCCCAAAAAAGAACAGACACCACACAGCAAGAUCUCAGAGUGGAUUAUUUGCAGCAGAAUGACUCAGUAAUAAGGAAGGAAAGUUAAUUUUCAUCACGGCUUUGCGUGGGGUUUGAAAAGCAAAGGGAAAACUUGUUGGGACAGAUUAUGUUGAAUAAUUCUGAGCAAGAACCAGCCCUUAGCAGUGGGGAGCACUAGCCAGGAAAUGGGAUAAGAAUUGGGAUCCAGCACAAAGGAACAGCCUUCCAAAGGGUUGUUCUUGUCUGCGAGUUCCAGUGAAGGGCAGGGAAUCUGGAAGAUGUGGUCCAAAAGGAGGCUGGUAGGGCAAGACCCAAGGCUAUCUGCUACAGAUAUAAACCAGGAGCUUUGUUUCUUUCUUCAAACAAAUGAUGGGUUGUCCAAGUACAAAAUGCUGACUCGGAAAAGGAAAUCCACUUGUGUUGGAGGAGUCAGUUUACAAGAGCCACUGUGUACAAAGGGACCUUGAGCAUUUAUGAUGUAUUCCUGUUAAACCUAUCAAUAUGGACAAAUUAAGCUGCGUCACACUUGAAAAUUACUUGUUGUUGUUACAGAUCACUAAAAACCAAACAGGUGCCUGUGAAGGACCAUGGCUUUUGUUAUAAAAUUCAAUCCAGUGACCCAAGGAACAUUGCUUGAGAAAAGCCCCACCCUGAAGGCUCUGGUGUGGCUCGGGGAGGCUGGGGGUGCUAGGGAAGGGGAUUAGCAAAGGCAAGAGCCCACAGGAGGGGGAGUGCUUGUCCCCAGAGGUGACAGAACCAGGCAAUGGCAGCUGUUGGAAAGCUCCUUGGCUGAUAGCGUGUGGCUGAGCCAGGCACUGCUGGCUUCCUGCUGGGAAGAUUUGCACCAAGUAGGAUCAAGAGCAGAAACAUGGUAAAAUCUGGCUAUGCCAUGAGUCGAUGCAAUUUACAAUGAGCCAGGGUCAAAGGGCCAGAGAGAAACUGAUACUUGGGAAACAAUGAGGGCAAAAUUGAGUGCCUUUGCAAUAAAGGGAAAGAGAAUUUAUCAUGGAAAUCAUGAUCCCACUGACUGGAGGACUGGAAACACAAAUCAUUGCCAAGAACAGUGUGUUCAGAUUUAGCUUUCUCAUCUGCCAGCCAAUGAGCAAAAAAUGUGAACAUGGUCAAAAUGGCAAAAAAAGAUUGUGUGGACAAUCUUCUCUUUUAGGAGAAAAAAAAAAUAAAAAAAAAAAUAAAAAAUCAAAACCUCAUGCUUCAGUGGUUAAAACAUUCCCCAACCAUUGGAAACUAUGAGAUUGCCCAAUCCAAGACAGAGAACAUCUGAUAUUUGCUCAGCAGGAUUUACCAACCAGCUCUGUCAUGAUUCAGCUCACCAAAACCCCUUCAUUUCCAGAGUGUAUCUACACCCUUAAUUAAUAGAUGAUCAUCACCAUGAACCAGGUUUCCCCAGCCACCAACCACUCCCAACCUCUUUUGGUAAACUAAUGUUAGGAUGCAUGUGUGUUCAGUAAUUAUGGACUUCUGGCUGCAGCCAAUCUAGACAGUACCCAGAGGAUUCCAGCAUGGAUAGAUUCAAACUGGAAUUGUUAAUGGGUUUGGUUUUUUUCUCCCUCUUUUCUGGAAGCCGGGGUUCAGUAUCCCCAAAAGAUCAGCA